AUGACGAUCUCAUAUAACCUUGAUGUGGCCUCUGUAUCAUCAUUUACAUUUCUCAAACUUCUACUUCGGUGGCGUGGAUCAAUAUGGAAGUCAGUAAAAAGUGAACUACUUUUAUGGGUCGUUUCAUAUUAUAUUGUAUUUUGUAUCUACCGGUAUGCCUUGACUACUACUCAACAAAGGCAAUUUGAAAAAAUUGCUUAUUAUUGUAAUACUAAAUUAGACUACAUUCCAUUAACAUUUAUGCUCGCAUUUUUUGUGAAUAUUAUAGCUGAUCGAUGGCGGAAGAUCUUCAAUAACAUGGGCUGGAUCGAAAACGAUGAAGCCCAUGAGGAAGAGGCCAGACUUAUGCGUCGAGCGAUAAUUCGAUAUAUGAUAUUGUCCCAGAUCUUAGUGUAUCGGGAUAUAUCCAUGCAGGUUCGACGACGAUUUCCUGAACUUUCUUCGAUCGUCGAUGAAGUCAAUUGGGCCGUAACAUUACUGGCACGAGCUCGUAACAAACAAUACAUUGCUGAUCCACCCUCCUACAGUUUGAUCAUGAAGGUUGUAUUCCUUGCUGUACGCUCAUAUUUUAUAAUAUGUCUUGUGUCGCGACAGUUCCUCAUAGGGGACGGUGCUCCAAACGGUUCUACGGUUGAUAUAUACGUGCCUGUGAUGACUAUUCUUCAGUUUAUUUUCUUCGUUGCUUGGAUGAAGGUGGCUGAAGCGCUACUGAAUCCUCUUGGAGAGGACGACGACGAUUUCGAGUGCAAUUUUCUUAUCAAUCGCAAUAUAACAGUAGGUAAAGGGCUACAAAAAUGGGCUACAUAUCUACGUUCAGCUUCGACUCAGUACGCCAAAGAAUAG